AUGGAAACCACCGCGAACGAACUACCACACGCCGACGGGGCCUUGCGCCCCCCAGCAGCGUCAAAAUCAUCAAUACAAAAGCCACAAAUCUUCGACACGAUCCAAGAGCCCGUGGAGCUACGCAAGGUCACCCAGGAUGCCAUCUACCUCAUGGGCGGGCAGUUUGCCAUCCUGUGCCAGUUCGCCCACCCGGCCCUCGCCGAGGGCUCCUACAAGCACUCCAACUUUGCCGGCCGCGUCAUGAACCGACUGCAGACCACGUCUCGCUUCCUCAUGGCGGCGAUCCACGGCACCCAGGAAGACAAGGAAGCCAUCUUUGGCGUGAUACACCGCCGACACGCCAGGGUCAAGGGGGACGGUUACGACGCCAACGACCCGGAGCUGCACAAGUGGACGGCGGCCACGCUCUUCGUCUCCAUCCUCAUGGUGCACGAGACGUUCUUCGGCAAGGUGUCGCGGCCAUUGCAGGAGCAGUGGUUCCGCGAGGCGGGCGUCUACGGCACGUCGCUCCGCAUGCCGCCGGAAAUGUGGCCGGCCACGCUGGACGAGUUUUGGCGCUACUGGCAGCACAACAUCGACACGCUCCACGUCACCGACUGGGCCCGCAGCCUGGCCGGCGACCUGCUGUGGCCCAGGGACAUGCCCGUGUGGCUGUGGCCGGUGCUGCCGGCGGGACGACUGUUCACGGCGCAGUGGCUGCCCGAGAGGCUGCAGCGGGAGUAUGGCCUGACGCCGUCGCCGCUCGGAACUGCGCUGUUUCACUUCACGGCAGGCUAUGCGGCGCUGGUCUAUCCCUACGUGCCGAUGUGGGUACGGCAGAAGCCAGCUAGGUUUUACAUGCAGGACAUGAAGAGGUCGGUCGAGAUGAUACAGAAGACGGGGCAUUGGCCAAGGACGUAG